AUGCUAGGCCUUGGAGAAGUCGUAGGGAAACUUGAAACCUCAUGGAAUGAACUACUUGAUCAUGGAGAUCAACCUUUCGAUAUCUCCUUCCCAACCGUUGAUCAUACUUGCCCUUCUCUUACGCUCAAGGUCGCUUUUGUGGGCCCUUGUGGACAAGACGACGGUGCACUCCUUGAGUCCAUCAUUGAAUGCAACAUCGCUCGGCACACAGAUGCGGGCCACGCACGGUGUGCUGACUACGUGGCGAGCAAGAGUAUCUCUCACCUGAACGAUGCUUUGGGGCAUUUUCAGCUAGUUCUAGACCAGUGUCCGGUCGGCCAUCCUGACCGUGCUGCCGCUCUUGCCAACCUCGCAUGCGCUCGCCUUGGAGGUUAUAGUCUAAAGGACCUUCAAGACAUUGAUUUCACCACCUCUUUAUUCCGCGACGCCCUUGCAUUGCGUCCGCAGGGCCACCCCGAUCAUUCAUUAUCUCUUUGCAACCUCAUUUCUGUAGUAUUGAUCUGGCACCGCCACAACAAGGAGUGUACUGCCGUCAACAUCCAGGAAUUUGCGCAACUGUGCUGCGAGCUACUAGCCCUCUGUCCAGAGGCUACCUACCUUCGCAGCAUCAGCGUGGACACUGCUGUCAAUUAUGUGAUCCACGAAUGCAACAACCUUCCAAUAGAUCCAUCCGAUGAAGGUAUCCAACUUCGACGAAUCGUGCUCGAGCUUUGUCCUGUGGGCCAUCAACACCAUCUUAAAGCCCUCGACGAACUUUCAUGGGGUCUCAGAGAACGCUUUACACAGCUCGGCAGCAUUGAUGAUCUAGAUGAGAGCAUACAACUUCUUCGUGAUAUUGCGUCUCUGUGCCCAGAAGGAUGUCAUGAUCGUGAUACCUACUUGCACAACUUGGCCUUUUCUAUCGCACACCGCUUCAGUCACCAAGGCAAUUCUCAUGAUCUCGACGAGGUGAUCUCUUUGUAUGAAGAAGUACUGCGCUUGUGCCCUGUUGGACAUGAUUCUCGUGACACAUCAUUGGACAACCUAGGGGGUGCCUUCGUCGACCGUUUCAACCAAUCUGGUGACGUUAAUGACAUCAACAGAGCUAUCAGCCUCUAUCGCGAGGCACUGACAUUGCGCCCACCUGGGAAUGCAAGUCGUGAUAUCACGCUUAACAACCUCGCCCGCGCGCUCAAAACCAGAUACGACAAAUUCAAUGUCAGCGAGGAUCUUAACGAGGCUGUUGAUCUGUACCGGGAAUCUCUUCGGUUAACCCAGCAUGACCAUCCAGAUCGCCAUGCAUAUCUUCGUAAUUUGAGCUCGGCACUUUGCUCUUGGUUCACGCACACUCAGAAGGACGAAGAUGUUGAAGAGGCCAUUGGUCUUUGCAGAGAGUCAUUGGCGGCUUUGCCUCCGUUGCACCCCGAUAGAUGCACCUGCUAUGCCCGACUGCAGGAGGCUUAUCUGUCUCGUUACGGAGUGCAUCAUGAUCCUGGUGAUUUGUCACUGGCAGUAGAACACUUUAGAUUGGCAUCACGACACCCCACUCAAGGCUUCCCGGGUCGUAUCAAGACAGCCUUGCUCUGGGUUCAUGAAGCUGAGAAGCAUCAACACGAAUCUGCCCUUGAAGCAUAUCACGAGUGCUUAGAUCUUUUUGACAACCAUGUGAUGACGAGAUCAUCCGUCAUUUCACGGCGCGAGGCUGCUACUGCUUUUCUUGAGGCUAGGACCCUGCCUGUAGAUGCAACAUCAUGUGCCAUACGCCGUGAUAACCUACGGCAGGCGGUUGAACUCGAGGAGCGGGGUCGUGGCCAGCAGUGGUCGCUGACCGCUCGACUCAGGACGCCGCUUGAAGACCUUGAGUCGGUGAAUCCCAAGCUAGCCCACAGAUUCUCGGAGCUCAGCAAGCGCCUUUCUGACGCUCAGGGUUCUGCCGUGAGCACAGACAGAGCUGCUGCUGAUCAAGCAGCAAUACGGUAUAGGAGAUUUACGACGCAAUGGGAAGCUGCGGUAGCCGAAAUCCGUAAUGUUCAAGGGUUCUCGCAAUUCCUGCUCCCACCGUCGUACAAAGACUUGCAAGCGGCAGCGAGCUAUGGCCCCGUCAUCAUCCUCAUCGCCAGCAAAUACUCGUGCGAGGCCCUCGUUGUCCCGACGUCAGGGCAGCCCCAUCGUGUUCCUUUCCCGUCUGUCGCUCUCGAAGAUCUGAAGAUGCUCAAAAGCAACUUCGCAAAGGCAAUACGGCACGCGUCUUGUAUGGGCCCAAAGGAGCCGAGGACGGCGCUGAUAGCUCUGUUACGGAAGAUAUGGGACGAAGUAAUGCUACCCAUUGUCAAAGUACUCCAGCGUGAUCUGAAAUUGCCGCGUCGCUCGCGAAUCUGGCUAUGUCCAACAGCAGCUUUCACAUCCAUUCCUCUCCAUGCAGCUCACCCCUUUCGAACGAAGGCAGAUGGGUGUGGGCGGGAACCAUGCCUGGAGGACCUCUACAUUUGCUCUUACACGCCGACACUUUCGGCUCUGAUCAGAUCUCGACAGAUGAUGAAGAACCACUGCGCGAUGCCUUCCUUCGUGGCGAUCGGUCAAAGUCAGCCGGGUGCCGGGCAAGGCGAGGCGCUCUUGGCUGUCGAAAGCGAGCUUGCGCUAGUCCGUAAGCUCGUCCCCGUGACGGCCAAUCCCACCACUCUUUCUGGCGAUGCAGCCACACGAGCAGGUGCACUCGAAGCCUUGCAAUGCAACACAUGGGUGCACCUUGCUUGUCAUGGCAAGCAGGACCGUGAACAGCCUUACAACUCACAUUUUGCCAUGAGAGAUCAACCCCUCACAUUGCUUGACAUCAUGGAGAAUGAUGCUCCACAAGCUGAAUUCGCGUUCUUAUCAGCGUGUCACACCGCCGUCGGCGAUGAGGAAAUGCCCGACGAGGUCAUCCACCUCGCAGCUGGUCUGCAGUUUUCGGGGUUCAAGAGUGUCAUUGGUACACUGUGGGUGGUUGACGAUGCUGUCGCAAGACAUAUUGUAGAAGCUUUCUAUGAGGAUAUGUUCAAGGAUUUGAAGGAUGGCGUCAUUGACUGCACGAAGGCGGCCUUGGCACUUAACCAUGCUACUUGUGCAGUAAAGAAGGAGGUGCCGCUCGAGCAGAGAAUCGUUUUUAUUCAUAUUGGCGUGUAG